AUGAGUUACUCAUUUUUCUACCUUUUCUUGUGGACCUGUAUGUACUGGAGCACUACGGAUGCGUGUUGUAACUGUAACAGCUGUGAUGUAGUAAGUAUCUAUCUUUUCGUUUACUACUCCGCCACCAAGAAAGUAACCCUUGCACAGCAAUCCCGCCAGCUACUUAGGACGUAUACAAAAUAUGGAUCCCCGGUGCAUGGUCACCCCAGUGGACCUGGUCCAUGGACUACCCCUGUGGACCACCCCUAAUUUUUUGAAGAUGAAUUUUACUCUAGGUCUAAACGAGUUUUAAGAACCUUGUAUGGACGAAUCUGUGUCAAUAAAUUAUUACCAGGAUUAUGGGCUCCUCGUACUGGGGAAGGGGGGGUACAGAGUAGGGAGGAGGGAGAAAUGGCCUGAAAAUGUAGGGAGGAGGGAGAAAAUGAAAUGCUGUGGGUGCAGGAAGAUAUCGAUGAGAAGGUACUAUUAUGGCUUUUUUUAACUUGCGUGAUGGCAAGGGAUGCGGCGAUGGGAAUUUGACGUACACUGCGAUCCCUUUGGGUCUUCUGGGACUCCCUCGAUCUAGCCUGCGUGGCAGGCGUUUGAAAAGGAAAGGAAAGGGGGUUUGGGGUGCGAGGAAAACGCGAGACGCUGCCACGCAGGUUAGGGUCAGACAUCUGACUAGGCCUUAUAAAAGUCAUGUCACCGUUUUUUCCUGGUUAGUUAUGCCAUCGAGACUUCAAGAUCGGCUUGUAGUAAAUCAUUAGUAUGUUCAAAUCUGUAAUCCAGCAAAACCUGCAUAUUUUAAUAGUUUUACAGGAACUGCCGAGAAAUUCAGAAUUUCAAGCCUAGAGCAGUGAGUGGGGUGUAUAAAAUCCAGCCCCUGCCAAAUGAAGAUCCUAUCGAGGUGUACUGCGAGAUGGCGAUACAAGGCGGAGGAUUUACUUUCCUUCCUCGCAGUCUCACUAGACGAACAGAUGCUCAAAAUAUUGUCAACGCCCUUUUCCAAGACAAGAAAAAUGUUCUGCUGAAGCUGCAGAGAAAAGUGGACCGCAGUGAGUGGUAUACCCUGAUCCAGCCCCACCCUUUGUUCUCGAGCACUGACUUUGGGGUUUUGGUUAAUGGUUUCUCGGGUUACACACAACCAUUCAAUGCCUUUAUGAAAGAUUACAUCUUUCUCGGCCUUAUUCCAAAAUCAGCUGCAAACAAUAAUGGUCUCCAAGGCUUCAAAUCAAACAAUAAAAUAAUCCAAUUUAAAAAUUGCGACAAAAAUCCCAACAGCUACUUCGCGCUCCUGCCAAACAACGGCCUUCAAACGCCAAGCUCUUUUCAUAAUAACAACCUGAUCUAUGAGAGCAGCGGUGUUGCGGUAGAAUGGCGGAAAAGCUCAGUUGCUAUCACUAACCCCGAUCGAAUGAUGCCCAACAAGUUCUUCUUUCUAACUGAAGUUCUUCAUGGCGGCUGUGGAUGCUACACGUCCAGUGAUCGCUGGAAGGACGGCUUUCACGCCACAGCCAUUGGUCUUCGUUAA